UGUUGCCAUAGCAUCCGGGUUGGGUGAACCAAUCCGGGCGUCCUUGCCGAACAGAGGCGGGAAGUUCGCAUCUUCGACCAACCCGAGGCGUUUUUGUUGUGGCGCGUGACCGGAGGAGGCGGGAGCUCAGGACCGGCGCCUUCUCCUUGCUUCUGGGGUCGUGGCCUUGCUCCCGCUGUGCGGGAAAAGAAUCUAGGCCCCUCCACGCGCUUGUGGGCGCGGGGGCCCCAGAGUGCUCGUGGUUCCGCGCUAGGUGUCUGUGGGGGGGCAGGAACCGGAGCCAUGGGUGGGACCGGCAGCACCCGCCGAGUCACCUUCGAGGCGGACGAGAAUGAGAACAUCACCGUGGUGAAGGGCAUCCGGCUUUCGGAAAAUGUGAUUGAUCGAAUGAAGGAAUCCUCUCCAUCUGGCUCGAAGUCUCAGCGGUAUUCUGGUGCUUAUGGUGCCUCAGUUUCUGAUGAAGAAUUGAAAAGAAGAGUAGCUGAGGAGCUGGCAUUGGAGCAAGCCAAGAAAGAAUCUGAAGAUCAGAAACGACUAAAGCAAGCCAGAGAGCUAGACCAAGAGAGGGCUGCUGCCAAUGAGCAGUUAACCAGAGCCAUCCUUCGGGAGAGGAUAGCAAGUGAGGAGGAACGCGCUAAGGCAAAGCACCUGGAUAUUGAAGACAAAGCUAGGCAGCUGGAAGAGAAAGACCGAGUGCUCAAGAAGCAGGAUGCAUUCUACAAAGAACAGCUGGCUAGACUGGAGGAGAGGAGCUCAGAGUUCUACAAAGUCACCACUGAACAAUAUCAGAAAGCUGCUGAAGAGGUGGAAGCAAAGUUCAAGCGAUAUGAGUCUCAUCCAGUCUGUGCUGAUCUGCAGGCCAAGAUUCUCCAGUGCUACCGUGAGAACACACAUCAGACCCUCAAAUGUUCCGCUCUGGCCAGCCAGUAUAUGCACUGCGUCAAUCAUGCCAAACAGAGCAUGCUUGAGAAGGGAGGCUAAAAACUCAGAACAAGCAAAACACCAUCAACGUCAAUUCCAGAGAUGGAACAUUUUUUUUCCUAGUAAGCAAGCAACCCAUUUGAAGAGAAGACCACUAAUGAGAAGACCACUCGAGAGACACCAGAUAAUGGAUUCAGCAGAAUCAUACCACAUUUUGAACAGUGGCAUUUUGAAGGGCCAAAGCCUUGACCAGGCAUCAGUCAUUAGAGGACACCCUUCAGUAUUAGUAAACCCUCUUACGACGAUUGAAGGAGAAGGGCAGCCUGCCCGCUCCACCUUUUGGUACUUUCUGUUCAACCUCCACUGACCAUAAAAUGUUUCUCUUCUGAGCGAGCCCCAUCAUUUGGUGAAGCUCCACCCUAACAAAGUGGGAUGGGUGGGGGGCUAAAUGAACUGGAGUGGGGCGAGGAGAGAAUCAGAAAACAUAGCUCUUGGGGCAGCAGUGCGGGGUGGAAUUGUCUAGGCUGCGGGAUGUUGGUUUUGUCUCUCUUUCUUUUCUCCUUUGCUUAUAUAAGAGCAAUUUCAUUUUAACUUACUAUGGCGAUCAUACAGGCAAAAAGGAGAGAAAAUGUACCUCUUUUACUGGAAUAAUGUUUAUGAUUACAAGUGAGAUAAGGUAUUUUUAUCCAUAUGAAGGCAAACUUGGCUGAUAUAACCUCGAUAGUGAAUACUGACAUCUUUACUUCACUCACUAUCCAUAAUAAAUAUAUUUUCUGACAAAGA